CAUUUGAGCUUGCCGCUGCGCCAAUAGAUACAAGCUGAAGAAUGAUGCGCCAGAACAAAACUCAGUCGCUGACACAGGUUUGACGGGCCAUUCACACUGCAAACGACACGCACUCUUGAGUCCGAGACAACGACAGCCAUCAUCAUGUUUUCCAUCUCCCAACCCCCACUCUGAUCUCCAUUCUCUCUGAUGACGAUCGCUGCUGCUGCUUCACUUUCCUUCGUGGCAUCAGGUCCUUCAUAUUGUCAUCCGUGUCAUAUGGAGGGUGUUUGUUGCCCAAUUUCAUGUACGGUUUCCAGCAGUUGGGUCAAACAUGCACUUGAUGGUUGUGGACUCCUUGCUCUUCUGGCAGAAGAUGCAAGAAUCCACUUUUUGGAUCAUCAUUUCAUGGGUCAUCUUUAGCCCAUGACCUUUGCUUUCCAAAAGUUUCAGUUGCUGCAGAUUACUCGGACUCAGUUCCUGAUUCAUCUGAUUAUGUUACUAAAGGAGGUUACCAUCCUCUUGAAGAACUGAAACCUUGCAGGAGGCGCCAAGAUGCCAAACUUUCUGAAGCUGAAAUGGCAAGGACAACAGUGGAGGCAUACAGCAAUGCUUUGCUAGUAUUCCCUGAAUCAGUACACAGUGAACCACAUGAACAAAUUUCAUGGGCUGAAUUUCGAUAUGUUAUUGAUGAUUAUGGUGAUAUCUUUUUUGAAAUUUUUGAUGAUGAGAACAUCAUAAAAGAUCAUGGUGCAAGUAACCCUGUGAAUGCCUUGAUUGGCAUGGACAUCCCAUUAUAUGAGAAUAAAAGGAUACCUGGGGAAUAUAAAAUUUCAGAUAUCAAUGGUGUUGAUGAUAUGUCUUUUGAUGAUGACUACUUUGAGGUUGCAGAUUUCGAAUCAUCUGAUGUUCCAGUUGAUUGGGGCAUGCCAGAUACUUCCAGUUGGGUUCAUCCUGUUUAUUUUGCUAAGUGCAUGAUGAAGAGUAUUAAGAUGGAAUCUGAAAGGAAAAUGGACCAUCCAUCAAAUGGUGUCUCUAUUCUUGGGUGUCUCAGACCUGCUUUCCUUGAUGAGGAAUCAUAUUUAAGAAGGCUAUUUUACUUCCGAGAUAGUGAUGGCUACAGCUCAGAUUGUAAAGAUGGUGAAAUUUUGAGCUUUAGUUCCAGCACUGAUGGAAGCAACGUGAGUUCAAGUCUUUACAGAUUGGCAAUCAUGAGAAUCGAGCUAUUCUCUGUGUAUGGAGAUCAGUCAUCAAUUAGCUUGCAAGAUUUUCAAGAUGCUGAGCCUGAUGCUCUAGUACACUCUAUAUCAGCCAUUGUAGAGAACUUAAGUCAGAGGGGGAUUUUGUGCAACAUCUCUCUUAAAGCUCUUUGCAAAAAGAAAGGUCUUCUUGUGGAGGAAGCUAAUUUAGUUGGAGUUGAUAGUCUUGGAAUGGAUGUUAGAGUUCGCUACGGGUCUGAAUUACAAACGCAUCGAUUUCCCUUCAAAGUCCGGGCUACAUCAGAAGUUGCAGCUGGAAAACAAAUUGAGCAGCUGUUGUUCCCUCGCUCACAUAGAAAGAAAAUCACAAGUCAGAGAAAAAGAAAUAGGAAUCUGCAUCCUUCUUAGUUCUUAUUUUGAGAGUUGAUGUUUUUUUUUUAUUUUACCAACACCAAUCAGUUCAAUAAGCAUAGGAAGCUCAAAAUUAGCUUUCCAGCACAGUAACUCAAUGUUUAAUUGUGUCUCAAUUGACAAAUAUGUAGGAAAUUAAAAAUUUUAAUGUAGCUAUCUAGCACUGGUAACUCAAUAAAGAAAGAGGCUUGUUUUUGCACCAAAA